GAGGACGGCGGUUCGGUGGCGAUAGGCUUGAUUUCAUCGACCUUGUCGCUUCUCCCCGUUUCUCCUCUCCCGCUCUCCCCUCACACAGCUUCUACAAGCACACCACCCGGCUUAUCGUCUCAUUCCCAGGCCAGGUCCCUCGUUCCUCGAAUUCAUUUCUCGUUUUUUGUUUUUGUUUUUUUUCCUCGGUUUUAUCCUUCCUUUCGUUCUCCACGAUUUGUGUUCCUCGUUCUAACAAGAGUGCGUGUCCUCGCACCGCUGCUUCGCCCUCGUGCAUCCACGUAGUACAGCCGUGCCCAUUCAUUUGUACUCAGCUCAGCUAAGUCACGUCAGGCUGACGUCACGCUAGUGUAUCCAAGUGGAAUAGUUGUCCAAAGGAGCGACUCUCCCGGACCCCCUCUCUGCCUACGUCGCUGACGUCGCGCAGUGCUCAGCAUAGCAUGAUAUCCUGAGCCCCGUUCUUGUGGAGUUGCGACGCUUUCUCCGACAACUCCUGGCGUACCGCCCGCUCAUCCUCUCUCCUUCCCGCCGCCAUAGUAGUAGUAUCCAUAGUAUGAUGGCUAGUAUCAUGGAGGCCGGCGACUCGCUAUGGGGCUCGCCCCAGUUAUGGGGCUCGCUGGCGGUCCUCCUCGCGUCGUCGGCGCUCUUGCUGCUGCUGCAUCGCGUCGUCUGGCUUCCCUACCGCCUCGUUCUCGCAUGCAAGCGACAAGGCAUUCCGUUCCUCCCGUUCCGGCCGCUCAUUGGUCAGAUCCCCGAGCUACAGUCGCAGUGGCAGGUGAAAGAUCCGAUCUCGCCUGCCACGUCAGCACCGCUCGGACCGGAAACGGUCACUCCGCUGCUGUGCGGCUGGAUCGCGCGGUUCGGGACGGUGUUUGGAUUCGCUGCCGGCCCGCAACCGGCGCUGGUGCUCGCAGAUCCGGAUCUGGUGCAGCAGGUGCUGAUCGGACGGUCGGGAUGCUUCCAGAAGAUGCCGGCCGUGCAACGCGCGCUGAGCUUCGUGGGAGACGGCUUGCCGUUUGUUGACGGCGAGGAGUGGCUGCGGCAGCGCAAGGCCGUCAACCCGUCGUUCAGCCACGGCGCCAUCAAGCACGCGCUGUCGGUGAUGAACCGCCAGGCGCGCAAGGGCGUCGCGCGGCUGCUGCAGCGAAUGGCGCGCGCAGGCGACGACUCGAGCGGCGGAAAUGCAGGCCGCGAGGAGCAAGGACGUGAGAUGGCAGCGCGCGAUGCGGAAGCGCGGGAGGCGCAAGGGCGGGAGGCGCAAGGGCGGGAGGUGGAGAUUCAGGAGGUGCUGUUCGCGGUGACCCUCGACGUGAUCGGCCUCGCCGUGCUGGGCGCCGCCGUGAGCGGGGGAAAGGGCAGAGCCACCGCUGGGGUGAGCACGCUGGAUGCUGCGGGGGAGGUGGCGGCGGGGGAGAAGGAAGAGGCGGAAGAGGCGGCGAAGGACUGGGAGGAAGAGGGGGAGGAGAAGGUUGACGGGGAGGUGGGAGUGGCGGGUAUUUACACGGUGCUGCACUCGCUGGUGAUUAAAGCCAUAGCCCGGUUCUUCUCCGGCCGGGUCUUCAUCCCCCUCUACACUCUCCUCCCCACCCCUGAGAACCGCACCCUAUGGGCGGUGGAGCAACGGUUCCGGCAGCUGUUUGGAGAGCUGAUAGGGCGCAGGGCGGAGGCGGGCAUGCAGGGGCGCAUUGGGAAGGACAUUUUGGCAGCGCUUCUGGGGGCGGAGAUGAGGCAAGAGGAAGCGAGAAGAGCCGCUGAUGCUGCUGCUGGUGGUGGUGCUGCUGCUGGUGGUACUGGUGCUGCUGGUGCUGGUGCUGGUGGUGGGGGUGUGUUGUCAGCUGCUGCAGUGAACAAGGUAGUGAACCAGUGCGCGACGCUCAUCAUGGCGGGCCACGAGUCAGUGGCGGUGCUGGUGAUGUGGAGCAUGUACCUGCUGGCACGCCACCCGCACUGGCAGGACAGGCUCCGGCGCGAGGUGCAGCAAGUGGUGGGGGUUGAGGAGAGGCGAGAAUCAAAGGCAGAGAGCAGUGGUGCGGGAGAAGAGGACUUGAGGGAGGAUGGCACGGAGAGCAGCAGUAGCAGCAGCACUAGUGGCAGCAGCAGUGAGGACGGCACGGGCAGUGAAAGUGAGAGCGAGAGCGACAGCAGCAGCUGCUGCAGCACCACUGACAACACAGACAGAGCGAGAGCACCAGACGCCAGAGCAGCAGAGAUCACGCGGGAGCAGGCAGGGCGGCUGCAAGAGAUGCACGCGGUGCCUUCUGAGUCGACUCAAGAGGCAGCAGAGAUCACGUGGGAGCAGGCGGGGCGGCUGAGGGAGAUGCACAUGGUGCUGCUGGAGACGCUGCGACUCUUCCCGCCGGUUCCCGUGGUCACGCGCACGGCCAAGCAGGAUGUGCAGAUCGGCCAAUACGCCAUUCCCAAGGGCGUGGAUCUAUUCCUCCCGGUCGGGUGCUUGCACGCGGACGAGCGAUAUUGGGGCCCGGACGCGCGUGAAUUUAAGCCCGAACGGUUUCAAGACGGUCAACAAGCAGCCUGCUCACACCCACAGGCGUUCAUCCCCUUCUCCUCCGGGCCUCGAGACUGUGUCGGAGCCAUGUUUGGCCUUACCGAGGCUAAGAUAAUUCUCUCCCACUUGCUGCUUGGAGUCGCCUGGAGUAUCUCGCCUUCGUAUCAGCAUCAGCCAACAGCUGCUCUCACAGCCCAAGCAAAGCAUGGCAUGCCACUGCUGUUCAGGGAAGUUAGAAUGUCAAGAGCUAGAUGUGGGAGAGGUUUGAAUGUGAAGAGCUAGAUGUGAAAAGAUGUUCCGGUAUGUGAAGUAUGGGCUGUUCUAUGUACAAGUUUUUACAGCUCAGAGUGUU